UCACUUAAAUUUAAGAAAAAGAUCUUGACUUUUAUUAUUAUCACAUAUACGACUUUGCGUACAUUAUAUAAAUUGGUUUUAAACUUUUGCGCCGAUUGUUAGUAAACUGUCAAAGAGAGCAAGUGAAAGUCAACCUGUUGCAAAAUAUAACUUGUGUUAAAUUAUAUUUCUAUUUUCUUACCUGCUAUUCUGUUAUUAGCAAAUAUUUUUGUCAUAUUAAUCUGAAAUGGCUGCACCAUCUAUAUUACACAAAGUUUUUGUAUAUGGUACGCUAAAAAGAGGAGAGCCAAAUCAUCAGUGGUUUUCGAUGGAUCAAGAGGGGCAUUACAAAUAUCUUUAUGAUGCCAAAACUGUAGAAAAGUUCCCUUUAAUUAUUGGGACUAAAUAUAACAUUCCUUUCAUAUUAUACAGUCCAGGAAACGGUAAUCACGUUCAAGGGGAGGUAUAUCAAAUAGAUAAUAAAGUGUUAGCAAAACUCGAUACAUUAGAAGAUCAUCCUAAUUAUUAUAUUAGGGAUUUAUAUGACGUGGAGUCUUUAAAUGAAACCAGAGAAAAAACUAAAGCGUGGAUAUAUGUAAUAAAAAAUUUUAAAAAAGAUUUACUGAAUCAGCCUUUUUAUGAAAGCUACAGUAACUCGGGAAGCCAUGGAAAGAGAUAUAUGGAAAGGUAUUUACGAAAUGAUACAACCGAUCACAAAUCCACAAUACUGUCGAAUACUGAGAAGUAAAAAAUUGUUUCUCAAAAUUUUUGUCGGAAUUUGGUGCGGCAUGAAAUCACAAUAAAAAGGUUUAAACUACAAUUAAGCAAAUGUUUUUAAAGUCAAUAAUAUAUUUUUGAUUUUUUUUUUAGUGAAGAUUCAAGUUUGGAUGAUCUUUGAAAUCGGAAAAUAAUGUAACACAUGUCCGUAAAUUUGUCAAAUGUAGUUUAAUAUUGAAUAUUUUUUUAUAUGUAUAUACGUCUACACUUUAUUGAAGAAUGUACCUACUUUAUAAUUUAACAUUUAUUACAUUAUUAUAAUCUUGCAUAGGUAAUUUAAUUAUGUAAUCAAAUUAUGAAUGAGA